AUGGGACAGGUCACUGCAGGAGAGUCAGAAAAGGAGAGGGAAAAAGGACGAGACCAGACAAUUUGGGCUGAGUUGGAACAAGGCAAGCAAUGCCCUCAGGUCAGGUUACAGGCUUACAGCCCCUGCGCCUGCCCAAUGAAAGAAGCCCAAAAGGCCCCAGCGCGGGUGCCCGAAUUUUUGGCUUCCGCUUGCCAAUCCCACACCAGUGGACCACUUGUACGGAGUGCCUGGGCCCACACUCCCCCCUCGCACCUCCCCCUCCAAAGUGCGGUGCUUUUGGUCACUUUCGGUCAUUUUGGGUGUGGUUUGGGUGGGAGGGAAAAAAAAGUGUCCGCUGCCCAUAGCCAUGUGAAUGAAAAGUCACUCAGGUCGCUCUGGCUGACAUGGCCUGGCCCUCUGGUUGGUCCGCUCACCUUGUGUCCGCCACUGUCUGACUAUGGUACCUACCACUUGUACCUACCUUACGCCGAACCCCCCCUGUACCCAGCCUGUGGGUGGCCUGUCCCGACCGAAGGAGGAACGGCUUGGGCGGGCUGA